AUGGUUUCGUUCUUUGGCCUCAAGCUUGGAGGCGAUAGGAAAAAGUCACAGGACAAGAAGCUAGCUUCGAAACAAAUACAACAUUUACACCGCAAUGAAGAACCUGUCUCGUCAACCCCCAAAGACCUCCGCCGACAGAGUAACUUCUCCCGCCCAAAUCUCGCUCGCCCUGGUACUUCCAGCUCUCAUCUCGACCCACCAACGCAAUGGAAAGCCCCUUAUAUGAACGGCGCUGGAGGUGCCUCCUCCAUGGUUGAUCUCGGAGCACCGCGCGCACCAGGAAUGGGAAACCCGCGGUUUCACUCGUCAGACAUAAUGCUCAACACACGCUUCGGCAAUGGUAGUUCUACGAGCCUCGUUGCGCCGGGCGCAAGACCUGGCUCACCUACACGUCCCGGCACGGCCAUCUCGACAAAGGAGCCUGAGAAUCCCUUCAACAUUCACUUCGGUAAAGACUCUGUCAGCAGUAUACCGCCGACGCCCCAGGAUGAACCAAGGGGUAGUAGUCAUACGGAACCCUUCGAGUUCAAUCUCGGGAACGAGAUUAAGGAAAUCAGAAACAAAAGCCCUAUUCCUACGGCUAACAAUGGAUAUCCAUCUCCUCCACCCUCGAUCGUCAACGCUGAGCGAUCCUUCUCUCCGGACCCGCGCCCUUCGAGCAGUCGUCAGAACGUGCCCGCCGCGCCUAGUCUUCGGAACCCCAGCACUGCAGGGCCAAUGUCUCUCCCGAGCCCAGCUGCAUCGGUUGCUAGAAGCGACGAUGUCUGGGAGCCGCAGCCUCCUGUUAUUCGCAAUGUGACGGCUAAGCGCGACACUUUUACCUUUCAUACGCCUAGACGGCAGAGCUUUACCAUGGACAUGGAGACGCGCGAGAAUCACAAGCCAAUGGUUGAGGGGCUUGCUGGGAAUUUUGCAGGAUUCGACUUUGGGGAGACUGUUAGAAAGGGAAGCAUUGGGAGUAAGAGCUUGGAUACUUCGACUGAGGGUGGAGUGAGUCCUACGGACACGAAUGUGAAGCCCAGGGUGCUCGGAACGGCGAGAACUGCUAGUCCCUUGAGGACUAUGCAGUCAAGUCCGAGUCUGAGCAUGAUUGAUACGGCAUUGACACGAGCUCGCACUGCGAGCGAUGCCAUGUCUCCUCUCUCAUUGGUAUCGUCACUGGCAUCCGCAGCAGCAGAGGAGACGCCGCGUAUACAGACACCUCAGCCUUCUCAUCAGGCAAAGCCGUCUCAACAACCUCCCAAGAUCCUCCAGCCUGGCCAGCUCUCGGAGCCUCUUCAAUCUAUUCGACCUGUCUCGCCCUCGCGCUCUCCUCAACCUUCGCCUCUUUCUCAACCUCCCCAGCAGAACUCACCAGGACCAUCUCCAAUUCUCUCCAACUUCCCAGGUCGAUCACCGUCUCCGCCAAUGCUAGAACCUCAUUUCCCCCGAUCUCCUCCUCGCCCACUCAUGCAAACCCUCCAGCCAUCUCCUCAGUAUCCGACAAAGCAGUACAAGGCCUACCAACCUCCGGACUCUUCUCCACCUACGAAACCACUCCCUUCGCCGUACCGGUCACCUACCACUCCUCUCCCGCCUGUACCACCGCCUCGCUUGAAUCCUGGUAACAGGAGUAGGAGUAACACUCCCGAUACAGCAGCGAGCGCGAGCCCAGGUUACAUGAACCGACCUCUCGAACCUCCGCCUCGUGGCCUCCGUGCCCGAACUGAUUCCGAGCCACGACUCGGCCGACCUCUCCGGGUUCCAGCUCCUCUUGUCGAUCGCUCGGCUACCAUUCCCAUGGUUGGACCCGGACCUCGAAGUGCCGUUGGUCCAGGCUUCGAUGAAAGCGGCUUCGUCCGCGCUGAGCGUCUUCCCGAGCCACCACGAACGGCAAGCCCUUUCUCCCAACAAAGUCCCAUGGAAGGCGAGUUCCCCGUUCAAAAGGGUCUUCCUCGAGGUCGCAGGCCUCAACCUCCCGAGAUGCAAAGUCCCGAAAGGCCCUUUGGCCUGGAGCCAAGAAAACAGCGCCGCCAACCUCCCAUGUAUCCUCCACCCAGAAGCACAGAGUCAGCCGUGGCCGACCCACAGCUAGAUGAAGUCUUGAACCAACCUGGUACACCAAACUGGAACGACUUUGACCGCGCCGAAGCGCACAAGUCCGCCAUCCCAGCUGCCCUCUCACCUUUCCGCACACAAUUCGCUCGAUCUCCCACACAAGCCACCGACGACUCUCUAAGCCCACGUCUCGCACAAUACGCCUCAUCGCCCAUCUCAGACACACCGCCAAGUCUACCCUCGCCAUCCUUCCCAUCGCUACAAAAGUCAAUCUCAAGCUCGAGUGAAAACCUCGCGCGGACUUUUGACAUGAUGUCUGAUGGGAACUACGAGCGCCAUGAGCAGAAUCAAGCUCGUCCGCUCAUCUCACCCGUGAUGGCAGACUUUGUGCCCCCGAGGGACAGAGACCGCAGCAGGACUCGCGUCGAGGCAAAGAGAGCGCCUCCUCGUCCUUCUCCAAUCACUGUUCCUCCAUCGCCGGCCGCAGGAGCAGAGUCCACGAGAGUCAGAACUCCUAAUCCCGUGGUAGAUGCGUUCAACCCUGGCUUUAUCUAA